UGGCUCAUUUCCAUGGCUGCGUGUCUAUAGGCUGCUCAGCCGACUCCUGAUUGGUCGGGAGGACCGCCCCCCCAGAAUGAAGCUCUGCUCUGAUUGGCUCUCCGGUGCCAACCUGCUCCUGAGCCUCUUAUUAUCCUCCUCUUCUUCUUCUUCUUCUUCUUCUUCUUCUUUUUCUCUCACAUCGUUAUCAUCUCUUUUCCUCAGCAGCGGACCAGCUCGAGUGUUUGUGUUGUUUCCUCUGAGGAGAAAGCGAGGAGCGUUUCUUUUCUCACCGAUGACCUCGCGGUGAGGUGACCAUGCAGAGCUCCAAAGGUUUCCAGGUGGAGGACUUCAUCGCGGGAUGGAUCGGAGGAGCUUCCAGUGUCGUGGUCGGUCAUCCGCUGGACACCGUCAAGACGCGGCUGCAGGCGGGGACGGGCUACAGGAACAUGCUGCACUGCAUCCUCACCAUCUACAGGAAGGAAACGCUCACGGGGUUCUUUAAGGGCAUGUCCUUCCCGCUGGCCAGCAUCACCUUCUACAACUCGGCCGUGUUCGGCUUCUUCAGCAACACGCAGAGACUCAUAAGCAAGUAUCGCUAUGGCGACGGGCGGCACCCGUGCAGCAUGCUGGACCUGACGGCGGCCAGCAUGCUGACGGGCCUGAUGUCCGUGGGCAUCGGGGCGCCGGUGGACCUGGUGAAGAUCCGACUGCAGAUGCAGACGCAGACGGUUCUCGCAGAGAACUUGAAUCUCGCUGGAAACGUGUCGAGCGGCUCCAACAUCCCUCUGCGCUCGGUGAACCUCCCGAGCCAGACGCUGUACCGAGGGCCCCUCCACUGUGUGGGCAGCAUCCUGCAGAGCGAGGGUCUCCAGGGCCUGUACCGGGGGGCCGGGGCCAUGAUCCUGAGGGACGUCCCCGGAUACACACUCUACUUCAUUCCAUACACCAUCUUCUGCAACCUGCUGAAGCCAGAUGCUACGUCAAGUCCUCAUCCGUGUUCCAUCAUGCUCGCUGGAGGACUGGCAGGUUCCAUCUCGUGGGUCACGGCCACGCCGGCGGACGUGGUGAAGAGCCGCCUGCAGGCCGACGCCCACCUGCAGAGGAAGUACCGGGGAAUCGUUCACUGCAUCGUCCACAGCUACAGGACGGAGGGAAUACGGGUUUUCUUCUGUGGAGCGUCGGUGAACGCCAUCCGAGGCUUCCCGAUGAGCGCCACCAUGUUCCUGACCUACGAGCUCUCACUGCAGUUCUUCAGGAGCCUCUAGGACGAUGAAUCUCUUUCUGCUCGCCACAGACACACAAACCUCCGCAGCUUUGAGACAAGACAUCGACAGCAGCUCACAUUCUGAUGCUUCGGGACCUGAAGCUAAGUUUGAGCAGAUGUGAAGACUUUGAGAACCUCAGGGUGAAUUAAUGAAAGAAUGAGCUUCAGUCUCUUCUGUUCUUCUUGUCCCACGAAGACGGGUUCAUUGAUGCUGCGUCUUAUUUAGGAUUUUAAAGUGGGAGGCGAUUGACUGCAGCGGAGACUCAGAGUGAAAGUGAAAGAAAAUAUGAUAUGAGAUCUAAUAUUAGUUAUUAAAGGCAGAAGAGUCUGAGUCGGUCAUUUAGUUUAACAGAGUCAGACACUAUUUUAAGCGUUUUAAUCUGUCGAGGUGAAUCUGAAGUUAUGUCAAACAGCAGAAUUCUGUUAUUUCUAAUAAGUCAGAACGAAGCUUUUUAACUUUUAACAUUAACAUUUAUCUUUAGCAGCAAAUAUGAAACAUUUCAUUUGAUUUUCUGUGUUGACUAGAAAGCUGCAUCGUGUACGUCUCUGUUAGAAUGUGAAACAUCCGUCUGUGAUCGUCUCUUCUUACACUUUGGCCUCAGACCCACAGACUGUCCCCAGGUUCAGGUUCAGGCUGCAGGGUCAGGCGCUGGCCACCAGGGGGCCUAAACUCUGUUAAUCCAAACAGACAGAAGCAGCAGUUUAUUAAAUGAUAAAGCAUUAUCUUAAUGAAGCGAAUAAUAAUAUCAAUUAUCUCGUUAUCAAUGAACGAGUUGAGGAUUUAAAUAACGAUUUUUAUCAGUUUAACCAAAGAACAAGUUUUUCUUUAUGAUUUUGAUGUUUGAGUUCUGUUUGACUUCCAGAAACACAAUGAUCCUGUGUUAGUGUAGAGUUUGACGCUGAUUUAUAUGUCAAGAGAAUAUUUGAGAUUUAAAUCUUGGUCACAUAAACAACUUUUAGACAAAGUUUAAAUAGUUCAGACGAGUUUCCACCUCGACACCAGAUCAGCUCUCGAUUUGCAAAUCUCCAAAUCAAUAUUUUUAAUCUGAAUGUGGAGACUCAGUGAAGAAAGGAUCUUUGCACUUUGACCUCAGCAAGAUGGAGAAAUACUUUGUGCUCAAAUACAGUUUAAAGAUUUUAAGAUAAGAGGAUUGUGGCAUUUUCACCACAAAGCCUUGAAUCUAAAUUUAAUAUAUUUUCUCAGUGUUGAGUUUGUUUUUAUUCCCUUUUAGUUUUGAUUCUGUUCUAAAUAUUCAAUUCAAUUAAUUUAAUUUGAGUUUUAGAAUAAUUAUUUUAAAGCUAGAAUAAAAUUCCCAUUGAACAUGAUAAUGACACAUGUUCUGUGUCACCGUCCACAUGUGUGUAAUAUUAUAUUUGUGUGUUUCUUAUAUUAAGAAAAGUGAGUUUACAAGUUGAAGCCACAUUAACAUGAGCUUUUUUCACGAAAAUAUUAAAAUGCAUGAUUCACACACUGAGCCGUUGUAGCAAAGCUUUAUAUUAUUGCUUUUCUAAAGUCUGCAGCACAAAUAUUCAAUCAAUAACAUGUAACCAGGUUCGUAGCAUCGAUACCUAAAAUAACAAUUACUUUCACGAAAUGCCUUAACAUUUAACGUUGUGUUUAGAUUUUACUGCACCAGAAAGUGUUGUUUUAUAUUUUAAGACAUAUUAAUCUGCAUCUUGAAGCUACUGAUCUUCCAGAUCUCUGCACACAGAGGAUAUUCCUCAUUUUGGAGAGAAUAUCCUGAAUCAUAAUGUAGCCGCUGCCUUACAAGUGAUAUUUUAAAUUGUUUCCUUGUAAAUACUUGUAAAUAUGUGAACUGCCAUUCCAGCUGUUGUGGAACCAGACGUGUCUUAUUGUAAAUAAAUAAAGAUUCUAAAGUCC